AUGCGGGGUUGCAACGAACGAACAGAUAAAUCCAUCGCUAAUCCCUUUUCCUCCUCCGCGAAACUCCGGAACACAUGGCGGCGCUCCGCCCCACCUGGUCGCCGCCUCAUCUCGCGGUGACCGCCGCGCCGACGAGCGCCCUGGCCUUCCUCCCUCUGAUUAGCCAACGCCGCCGCCUCCCCUCGCCGGCGCCGGCGAGGAGGAUACAGCUCCGCUCCCACUGUACAAAGAGCCCAACGGAGUCAGAGCCGGAGCACGAGGACGACGGCGCCGACGACGAGGAUGCAGCUGCAAGAUCAGAGCAUCCAGCAAUCAUCUUCCAGGAGAGAUUAGACAAAUUCCUGGAUGAUUACAGAGCAGCCUUGGGCCUGCGUACGCCCCCUGAUAUGUUCCGUAAGGAGAAGUACAAAAUUGCGGUUAUCAUGCAGAAGAUGUAUUCUUCCAGUUCUAAGAUUCUGAAUGCAGACGAGAAGGAGAUGGUGUCAACGGUUUGCAGGAAAGCACGAUUAGCUCUAGAUUUAGCUUCGGAGGUCAUGGAUGUUGCUGCCUUCGGGCUUGGUACAACCGAAAUUUCUCAACGUACAGCAGAUCAGAUGGUGAGGACGUACACAACUAUCUUUUGUGAGGUUGCCAACGAGUUAUAUCAUAAUAGGGUCACAAUGGAAAAUAUUCUAUCCUUUCUUGAUGCUCUUGGAGGCUUAGGGGCAAUAACACAUAUCUUGGUUCAAGAUACCGUGGAUAAGCUCCAUAAUGGUCUUUUAAAAAAGAAAAUCACCCAUGAUCUGGAUGCACUUUCCCAUAAGUUUGAUAAGGAGAUGAACAUUUUGAAAGACAAUUUUAAAAGGGAAACAAGAAUUGAUGGAUACAAGGUAGUGGACUAUACUUCUGUGAAUGAGACAGUCUCGCAUGGUGUGAUUAAUACAGAAUUAUAUGUUUCUGAUCUGGUUAAAUGUCGGAGAGCUGCAUUACCUUCUAUCUCAGGCCUCGGUAAAUUAAAUGAUUCUCUGCACACGUUUAAUUAGUCUGCUUUUGCAAUGUUUAGGUUCUCAUCAAUGUAAGUGCAAGUUUAAUAGUAUAGCCCGCUGCUAGCUUUAAUUUAUCUAUAGUCAAUCUAAUAGCCAAUUUAUACAAUAGUUGUUUAUUAUACUAUUAAUAUAUGGUCCCACAUAUCAUACAUACAUUGCGUGUUACAGCUGGCUACAGAUCUGUAGUCCGCUGCUCUUCUCUCUUAUCGUUUAUCUUAUUAAAAUAUGUUUAUAGCUGGCUAGUAGCCUGUUAUUGUACUAACGAUCGCUGUCAUCUUGCUGGUAUCUUUAUGCGCAGGGAACUUUUCUUGAGAAGCAAACAGCCCGCCUCUAAGUAACGUGAAAUCGUCGAUGCCUGAAUAAGAGCAUACUUGGUACUUCUGAAGACCAAAGCUAACCGUUUGUGUGUGUGUUUGCCUUGCUUCAGAUGUUAAUCUUCUGGAACCGAGUUUAAAUGAGCAUAAUAUCUUAGAUGCAUAGCUGCCCUGCCUACUGGUGUUUGGGAGAGAGCUCUCAAAAACAUAAGUCCCCCCUAGAGACUUAUGGUUUUGAGAGAGGGGCUAAAGUUUAGCCUCUCUCUCCCAAACACCCCCUUAGUCUAGUCAAGAAUUAAUUUAGGAUGUCUCUUUUCUUUCCCCACUUCUUAUUUGUUAGGCUUGGUUUUUGACAAUUAAGAGUACAAGUAUAAAAGAUUUAUUAUCCAACGCAACAUUAAGGGUUAUAUACUUGUAUUGUUGAAGAGUAAGGACUAUUGGUCUAAAUUGUUAUUAUAUUGUGGUUGAAGAGUAAGGUGGUCUAAAUUGCUCC